GACCCAGGAGUUGCCUGCGCCGUUCCUCUGAGCCGCCUAUUAAAAGUGGAGGCUCGCUGGGGAACCCGGUCAGAUCCUUGGAGCUACUGUUGAAGGAGCGGAAGGGAGAGGGGAGAGAGUGCAGGGGAUCGAAGCUAGGCACCAUGGCUUUCACGACCACCACCUCUUCAAGCUCCUACAGGAGGGCAUUCGGUGGGAAUGUCCUGGGGUCCCCGCAGCUAAACCGGGCUUCCUACUCCAGCGGGCGCUUCGGCGGGGGGAGCCUGAGCUCCAGGGUUCUCAUCUCUAAGACCAGCUCCUCGCCCUCCUUCGGCGGCAGCUACAGGGUCAAGGCGCCGAGCCGCGGCUAUGAGGUGGUAGACUUCAACCUGGCGGAUGCCCUGAACCAGGAGUUCAUCCAGACGCGCACCAACGAGAAGGCGGAGAUGCAGCAUCUAAACGACCGCUUCGCCAGCUACAUCGAGAAGGUGCGCUUCCUCGAGCAGCAGAACAAGGUGCUGACCGUCGAACUGAACCGGCUGAGAGGACAGGAGCCCGGCCGGGUCAAUGAGCUCUUCGAGCAGGAGAUGAGGGAGCUCCGCCGCCAGAUCGACGCCCUGACCAACGAGAAGCUGCGCGUGGAGGUGGAGCGGGACAACCUGGCGGACGACUUGGAGAAACUCAAGCAGAGAUUACAAGAGGAGAUUCAACUCAAGGAGGAGGCAGAGCAUAACCUGGCUGCUUUCCGACAUGAUGUGGAUGCAGCCACACUGGCCCGCUUGGAACUUGAGCGGAAGAUCGAGUCCCUCAACGAGGAAAUCGCAUUCCUCAAAAAGGUGCAUGAGGAGGAACUGCAGGAACUGCAGGCUCAGCUCCAGGAGCAGCAGAUCCAAGUGGACAUCGACGUGGCCAAGCCAGACCUCACCGCCGCCCUGCGUGAUAUCCGUGCGCAGUACGAAUCCAUCUCAGCCAAGAAUGUCCAGGAGGCCGAGGAGUGGUACAAGUCAAAGGUAGCAGAUCUGAAUCAGAGUGCAGUCAAGAACAAUGAUGCCUUGCGCCAGGCGAAGCAGGAGGCAAUGGAGUUCCGUCACCAGAUCCAGACCUACACCUGCGAGAUUGAUGCCCUCAAGGGAUCCAACGAAUCGCUGAUGCGCCAGCUGAGGGAGAUGGAGGACAGGUUUGCCAAUGAGGCAGCGGGCUACACAGACACGAUCGCGCGGCUGGAGGAUGAGAUCCGUCAUCUGAAGGACGAGAUGGCCAGGCAUCUUCGAGAGUACCAGGACCUCCUCAACGUCAAGAUGGCACUGGAUGUGGAGAUUGCUACCUACAGGAAGCUGCUGGAGGGAGAAGAGAGCAGGAUUGUGAUGCCUGUCCAGUCAUUUUCAAGUCUGAGUUUCAGAGAGACCAGUCCUGAGCAGCCUCGCCAUGCGGAGGUCCACACCAAGAAGACAGUGUCCAUCAAGACUUAUGAGACCAGAGACGGAGAGCUGAUCAGUGAGUCGUCACAGCAACAGGAGCUGUCUUAAACCCCAGAGCGAGAGAUGUACCAGACGUAUCACCUGACCCUGGACUCCGUGCCACACCUUCCCCCACCCCACCUCAGCCCACCACACCCCACCUCACCCACCACCAGCUAUCUACCAGGUUAACAGCAACAGCACACGCACACACGCACAUGCACACACACACACAGGACGGGACAACGACAACGUGCCUCAGAAGCCAGCCAAAGGGAGCUGUCGGCCAACGUUAGUAGAGAGUCGCACGUUGUGUGGCUUCAAAGACCAAGGGAAAGAGACAGUCCGAUUUCGUAACAUGGACAACGCCCGUCUACGAACAGAGAUAUCGAGAACUUGACCAUCUCAGCAAUGAGACCCUUUCAGGAAGGCCAUGUCUGCCCCCAUGUCUCAUUUCCACUCCCCUGCCUGAUCCUGGGGUUCUGGAUUUUUCCAAAUAUCCACCUGUCGGCCUUGAGCACCCUCAGUGAUGGAGGCUCCACAACCAGUCAAGCAACAGAGUUUAUGCCCCUCCCAUGUUUAUAAUCUAUCAAGAAUUGGACCAGAGUGUGCAGGGAUGUGGGACUGUGAGGAUUAGUGGGGAAACACCCAACAGCAUCUGAUGGGCCCCCAUUCCCUCCUCAACACAGAAGCCAUUCCUGGAUUUCUCAGGGGGAAAUAGGGAUGGGCCAGAGGAAGACUCUGAUCAUCCUGCCAUAAGACCAUAAAAUAUAGAAGCCAAAUUAGGCCAAUCAGCCCAUCCAGUCUGCUCUGACAUUCCAUCAUGGGUCACUUACUAUCCCUCUCAACCCCAUUCGCCUGCCCUGUAACCUUUGACACCCUUACUACAAGAGUCUGUCAACCCCUGCUUUAAAUAUACCCAUUGACUUGGCUUCCACGGCAGUCUGUGACAAUUAGAUCCACCACCCUUUGCCAAAAGAAGCUAUUAUUGAUUCCCGUUCCACUCCUAUCGGCAUUAGAAUUGGAAUUGGUUUAUUAUUACAUUACUGAGGUAGAGUUAAAAGCUAGUCUGGAAUAUUGUUCAUACACAUCACUUCAUAUUCUAUCUAGGUAGCCUCCAACCUGAAUAUUGAUUUCUCCAACUUCUGGUAAUCUCUCCCCUUCCCUCCUUCUCUCUUUUCCAUCCCAAAUUCUGGUCCCCUUCUCACCCCUCACUUUUUACCUGCCCAUCACAUCUCCUCCUUCUCUUUACUCCAUGAUCCACAGUCCUCUGAUAUCAGAUUCCUCCUUCUUCAGCUCUUCACCUCUAUCACCUAUCCCCUCCUAGCUUCUCACUUUAUCACCCCUCCCCCACCUACCUAUCUUCCUCCCUCACUUGGUCUCACCUAUCACCUGCCAGCUUGUAAUCCUCCCCUCUAACUCCUACUAUCUUAUUCUGCCUCAAGAUUUCUAGCGCCUGCAGAAUAUCUUGUGUUCUUAUUCUGUCUUCAGCCAUAUUCUUUCCAGUCCUGAUGAAAGGUCUCGGCCUGAAACAUCAGCUGUUUUUUCUCCCCUCCAUAGACGCUGCCUGACCUGUUGAGCUCCUCCAGCAUUUUGUGUGCGUUGCUCAAGAUUUCCAGCAUCUGCAGAAUAUCUUGUUUAUUAUUCCAUUACACAGGGUAUUGAGGUAGUACAAGGUAAAACAAUAACAGAGUGAAGUGUUACAGAGGAAAUGCAGUGCAGGUAAUCAAUAAGGUGCAAGGUCCUUUCUCCAGGUGGAUCAAUUGGCCACAUUCAACAGAGAUUUGCUGGGGACCACUGGGAUUCCUAACUCUGGCAUCCCCCUCUGCCAUCACCCUCCUCAAACUAAAUCUUUCUGUAGGAGGGUGAUGGAGACGUAGUCAUCUCUAGGCUUUGUUCUUGGACGAUCCAUUGUGCUCAUGGCUUUGAUGUAGACAUUUGAGCUGCUCUGGCUAAUUCUUAGUGCAUUGUGAUAUCCUUCCAUACUGAAUUUACAGCCUCAGAAUGGCUAUUUGCUCCCUCUGCAUGGUGUUCCUACUGCCAACACCCUCUAUCAAUCCUCCCUCCCUCCUCUGGCUCAGAGUUGUGGGAAGAUACAGCAUCCAAUCAUGUUACUUCAGCCCAUCGAGUCUACGCCAACCAACAGCCACUCAUUUACCCAGUUUCUCUGAGCGGGCAACAUGGAAGAAGAGUAGUUAGUAUAACGCUAUGGCAGUAAAUGGAAUGUGGGCAAAUGGAACGAACUUGGAUGUGCUUUUUGGGUGCCUUGAAGCCGUUGGGCCUGUUUUGGUGCUGUAUGAUUCAAUCUGGAGACGGAGGGGGCUGUGAGGUGAGAAGGGGAAUUUCAUUUUUCUUCAGUGCCAAAGUGAUGCAGUGGUCAGGCACUCUGUACUCACUCCCAGCACUCUGAGGUCACUUCAAGAGACUGGUGGUUCCACCUCAGUCCCACCCACACCAGGUUAGGGGUGAAGGACACCCCGUAGAACAUAGAACAGUACAACACAGUACAGCACAGGCCCUUUAACUCCCAAUGUUGUGCUGACAUUUUAAGCUACUCUAAGAUCAAUCUAGCUCUUUCCUCACACACGUCUUUCCAUUUUUCUAACAGCCAUGUUCCUAUCUAAGAGUUCCUUAAAUGCCCCUAAUGUGUCUACUUCUACCACCACCCCGGCAGCAUGUUCCAUCCAGCCACCCCUCUCUCUAUAUUAAAAAAAAUGAACCUGGGUCCUAUCCCUCCCUCCCACCCACCCACCAUCCAUGUACUUUUCCAAACUUCUCUUAAAUGCUGCAGUGGAACCUGCGUCUGGCAUUCUAGCUGGCAGCUUGUUCCACUCUCACACUACCUUCUGAGUGAAGAAGAUUCCUGCUUGGGUUCCCUUCAACUCUUUCAGUCAUCGGCCCACGUCAGAGGAAUAGCUAAAGCAGGGUGGGCUUUAAAGGGGUGGCUAAACAAGGAGAUGCAAAGGGGAUGCCCGGGCUCGAGGCUCUGGUAGCCGGAGAUGCGGCCACCAAAGGCACAGUGACCAAACUUGGGGAAGAGCUGAAGGCCAGGACUAGAUGGGAGUAAAGAUCGCGAAGGGUUGUAGGGCUCGGGAGGUGACAGACAAAAGGAGGGGCAAAGAUAGUGGAAGAGUUGUGAGGACAGAACAGAGAUCAGUCUGUAUCCAGGGUAGAGGUAAUGAUUAACUUUAUUUGUCACACGUACAUUGAAACCUACAGUGAAAUGCAGUGUUUUGCAUCAAUGGCCAACACAGUCUGAAGAUGUUCUAGUGUCGCCAAGCUUCCAGCGCUAACACAGCAUGCCCAAGCUCACUAACACUAACUCGUACGUCAGCGGAAUGUGAGAGGAAACCAGAGCACUCAGAGGAAGCUCGCGCAGAUAUGGGGAAAACGUACAAAGUCCUUAAAGAUGAACAGAGUUGAACCCCGAACUCUGACACUGUAAAGCAUUAUGCUAACCACUAGGCUCCCGUGCUGCCCUGAAUUGGAGGAGAGUAGGGUUGUAGGGGCAAGAGGAGGUUACAGAGGAAGGGAGGGGCAUAGACAGCAAAGGAGGACAAGACCAAGGAUUGGUGUGGGUCAGGAGUAGGAGUGGUGGGAAAACAGGACUUAAUGUGGGCUUGGACACUGGGGGUUUGUGGGAGGUGGUGGUAGUCUAUUUCCCUCUCCCCCAGGGUCUAAUCCUGCAGAACCAGCAACACCAACCUGCUGAUAGGCAAGCCAACUAAUCAAAUCACCUUGAUCAAGUAACCCCACUCCCCCACAAACCAAGCACCAGCCAUGAACCGACCACCAUCCCUGGCAGUGUGUUCGACAUACCCACCACUCUCUGUGUAAAAACUCCUACUUCUAACGUCACCCCUCCUAUGCUUUUCUCCAACCACAUUAAAAUUAAGCGCCCUCCUAUUUGUUGUUUCUGCCCUGGGUAAAAGUUACUGGAUGUCCACUCUAUCCAUGCCUCUUAUUAUCUUGUGCACCUUUGUCAAGCCACCUCUCAUCCUCCUUCACUCCAAAGGGAAAAGCCUGAGCUCACUCAACUUAACCUCAUAAGACAUGCUCUCUGAUCUAGGCAGCAACCUGGUAAAUCUCUUCUGUACUACCUCCAUACAGGGUGUGAUGGUACACCGGCCAACUACGUCACUGUACCAGAAUUCAGGGAGUUAAAAGUAUCUGAAUAAAAUUUCAUGGAAAAUUAUAUUUUCUUACCAUUUAUAGCAAUGGUUUCGGGGUAGAGCAGGUGUAUAAGAGCUUUCUAUAGUUAAUUUAGUAGAAAAGGUGAGCAUUUAAUACAGAAGUCUAUUCAGCCCAUCAAGUUACUUGAAAGAGAUGCCCUCCAUCUGCUAAGAUCUUUCUUCUCAUCUAUGUAAGUUUGGUCUCUUAACAAGGUCCUAUUGAAGUUCCUCUUGAAUCUUUAUUUCAUUUAGAGACAGCACAUUAACAGGCCCUUCUAUCCAAAUGUGCCACCCAAUUACACACGUGGCCCAUUGAUCUACUAACCUGUACAUCUCUGGGAUGUCGGAGGAAACCUGCAAGGUCACGGGGAGAAUUUACAAACUCUUUGCAGACAGUGGCAGGAACUGAACCUGGGUCACUGACGCUGUGAUAAUGUUACGCUAAUCUCUGUGCCGUCCCAAUCUGGCUCCUUGAAAUAGGAAUACAGUAAAGUUUCACUGGAUGAGUUUCUGGUGCGCCAUAUUUUAAUUCGGUGGCCUCUCUGUCUGAAUGACCCCCCUGUCUGUUCCAGGAAGAGAGAUGGGGUCUAUACUCUGACUUUAGAUGAACAUAUUGUGAUCUCAUUGAGGUGAAUUCUUACAGGGCCUGAGGGGUUAGAGGUGGAGCUAAUGACCUGGUCGUCAAUAGCAACGAGCCACUGACUCAAAAUUCAGACAGAAAUGAAUGGCGUUCCUUCAUUUGGAGGACAGUGAGUCUUUGGAAUACUUAGUGCAGAAGAAUUGUGGAGCCUCAAUCACAGAUGUCAAAAAAAAAUGUUUGGACGUUGUGGGAUUCAGGAGAUGUGGAAAGAGACACAGAGGUGAAAGGGCAGUCAUUUUACUGAAUGAUAGUCCCUUGCAAGAGACAAAAUGGCCUCCUUUUCUUACUACUUCUAUGCUAUUAUAUCCUUCCAGGCUGCGACGCCGCAGUGGGUAAAAUCGGGUUCCCAUCACUCACCUGGUUCUGUGGCAGCCUCUCUGCCCUGGUGACCUUCCUGUCUCUGAUAACCAUUUCUCUUUUGUAGAUGUGAACACUUGUAUUAAACCUUCACUUCCA